AUGCCUGAUCCUCACAGUCGCCCAGCGAAAGGGGCCUCCCGUCGCCUGCGCACUGGGAGCAGGACUACCGUGGCCUGCGUCAGCUGCAAGGAGAGGAAGCUGAGGUGUGAUGACCAAGCCCCCGCAUGCACAAAUUGCCAGAGAAAUAAGCUCGCCUGCCUCGUUGAGGACCCCGCAACUAAACGGCUCCAGCCACGAAACUAUACAGCGCUCCUGGAACAUCGCGUCAAGCUUCUCGAAUCUGCAGUACGGCAGCUUCAACCCGGCGUUGCUCAGUCCAGAGCCCGCGCUGCAGAAGGCGAUGGCCAUGAAGUCUCGGACCUCUGUUCAAUUAUGGGAGUGCUGAGUUUGAAUGCUGCUGGUGCUGAGCCACGGUUCUUAGGUUCAUCAUCGGCCUUUGCGUUUACGCGAUUCAUCAGUCCGUCGAUUCGGCAAUUGAUCCCGUCAAUAGCUCCUGAUCUCACAGGGAAUCGAGAUCAGACAGUAGCACCGGAGCCAUGUCUGCUACCAGAAUACAGCACGGCUGUCAGAUUGAGCAACGCGUAUUUCCAGAAUAUCCACCCGCAGUAUCCUUUCCUAGACGAGGCGACUUUUAGGAUUUGGGAGGCAGCGCUGAAAGACCCCGUCACUGCGAUGUCAAUUUAUUAUAAACCAGGCCCGCUAUUCUUCUUGAAUAUGGUAUAUGCUAUUGGUGCUCUGUUACUUCCGAGUCCGGGUUGCUCCCCAGAACAACUGUACGCCUCUGCGCUACUCUAUAUUGAUGAUAUAUUAUGCCACGACAACAUCGAGUCUAUACAGGUCCUUCUUUGCUGCGCUGCCUAUUCCCUAAGGUCGUCGCAGGGCACAUCCCAUUGGAAGCUCGCAGGGCAGGCUCUACGCCAAUGUGUCAACCUCGGUUACCAUCGCAGCUCAAAGCAUCUCCUAACAAACAUAUCCCCAAAGGAGCAAGAACUGCAGAAACAGGUCUUUUGGAGUGCAUACCAAAUGGAGUGUGCGGCCGCCGUCAUGUUAGGGCGGCCUUUGAGCUUGCGAUUUGAGGAUAUCGAUGCAGAGUUCCCAAAGGAAGAUGGCGAUCCAGAAUGUGAACCGAAGUCACCACCUACCAGUACGGUCAAGCAGCCUACGAUGAUGACCUAUGCCAACCACGCAUUCCGUAUCCGGUCCCUACAAGGCUGCACCCAAACCCAGGUCUAUUCCGAUACCACGCUCCAAGACCCCAAAAUUCGGCAAUCCCGCAUCAAUAAACUAUCUACCAUGCUCGACGACUGGAAAUCCUCCCUCCCCCCUCCCCGUUCUCCUCCUGAUACCGGCGCGCUGUCCUUCUUCACAACCCCAGACUGGUACCAGGCCGCCUACAACCACGCGAUCCUCCAUUUACACCGAGUCCAGCUGACGAAUAAAAAAGAGCCCGCAAGUGACGCAGUGGUCAUGAAAUGCCUCCACGCAGCAAAGGAGGUCUGCCACAGCUUCCGGCGCCAAUUCGUCGGCGGCCCAACCACGUACACCUGGAGUGCAUUGCACGAGUUAUUCAUAGCAGGGCUUACCUAUCUGUACUGCCUCUGGACAUCCGCCGUUGCGCGUACAGCUUCUAGGCUUGAUCAGGUCAGUAAUACCUGUACGGACUGUACGAUGGUGCUGGUGGUGUUUGCGGAGCGCUGGCGUGAUGCUGCACCUUAUCGCGAUAUCUUCCAGGCGUUGGCGAGUAGGACUAUUACGAUGAUUGCGGAUUCACCGAAUUACAGCAGUGAUGGGAUUAUAUCAGUUACUGAGGAUGAUCCAGGGGAUGUAAGCCAGUGGAUGGUUGAUAUUGCGGACACGGGUGUUUCUCUAGGAGCUGGUCAGUUAUUGAGUGAGUUCGUGGAUGGCCUUUCGCCUCGGUAG